AUGUCGCUUUGGAGCUCCUACAAGUCCCUGUCUCCCAAGACGCGCGCGGUAUUUGGAAUUGGUGUUAUGGCAUGGGCGUCGAUCGGGCUUUGGACGUCAUCGCAGGUCGAACAGGCAAUGGGGAUGGUUCCAACAGCGGCGGAGCAAGCGGAGCUUGAUCGAAAGAUGGCCGUUCGGGUUUCGAGAGUGGAAAAGGACUGA